AUGGCCACCACCAAGGCGCCAGAGCCCCCAGCCACGGGCGGCGGCGGCAUUGGCGACGACGACUACACCAAGAAUGUUGUGGAACAGCCACAUACUCAGGUCUUGCCUGCGCCUCAGGAGGACUACCCCGUCGAGAGGGUCGAGGCAGUCUACCGGAAGCUGGACUUGCGCAUCAUCCCAGCCUUCUGGAUCCUCUACUUCCUGUGCUCCGCCAUCCGCUCCAACAUUGGGCUCGCCCAGACCAUGAACGUCGCCCAGGGCCAUGACCUCAUGUCGGUCCUGCACCUGACAGCGCGCGAUACCUCCACCGCCCUGGCCCUGUUCUACGUCUCGUAUGUCAUCUUCGACUGCCCUUCCAACCUCGUCAUGAGCAGGCUCAGCCCCCGCGUCUGGAUGGCCCGCAUCGUCUUCGCCGUCGGCCUCAUCGGCAUGUGCUUCGCCGCCGUGCGCGCCGCCUGGUCCGUCAAGCUGCUGCGUUUCCUGCUCGGCGUCGUCAUCGCCGGCAUGUGGCCCGGCAUGAGCUACUACCUGACUCUGUUCUACCCCCCGAGCCGCACCGGCAAGCGGAUUGGUUAUUACUUCAGCGCCGCCCAGAUCUCCGCCGCUGUGGUCGGUCUUGUCAGUGCUGGCUUCCAGGAGAUGGACGGGCUUGGAGGAUUGGUCGGGUUUCAGUGGAUGUUCCUCAUCUAUGGCGCACUGGCUGUCAUUCUGGGCUUCACGCUGCUCUGGUGGCUUCCCGACAGGCCUCUUCCUCCGGGAGAGAAGCGUGAGACGAAAGGCCUGAUGAGGUUCUUUCCCGCACCACCUGAGGCGCUCACAGGGGAGGACGCUGUGGUGCACUACCACGAUCUCAGGAGAGUGUACCAUCCCCGGCCCUGGACAUGGGCAGACUUAGGCUAUGUCCUGAUCGACUGGCGUCUCUGGCCGCUGGUGCUGAUGUACUUUGGCGUCGUGGGCGUCGGUAUCGGCACCCAACUUUACGGCAACGUCAUCAUAGCCUCCAUCAACCCGUCGUACACCGGCAUCCAGGUCAGCCUGCUGUUCGCGCCCAUCUGGGUCAUGGACUUCUUUGCCAUCCUGAUUGUCACUCCCAUCUCUGACCGCUUCCACCGGCUUCGGCCCAUCUUCUUCUCGUGCGCCGUGCUCAUCCAGAUCGCCGGGCUUCUGACCGUCACCUUCGCACUGCAAAACCCAUGGGCCCGUUACGGAGGCCUGCUCAUGGUGGGCUUCGGUCUGGGCCCCACGGUGCCAAUCUGCAUGACCUGGACAAACGAAAUCUUCCAGCGCCGCCACGGCGAGGUCGGCGUCGCAGCGGCCGCGGCGCUCGUCUCCGGGCUGGGAAACCUGGGCAGCAUCACGACCACCUACGCCCUGUACACGGGGUGGCCCGAGGACGCGGCCCCCGGCCCGUACAAGUACCGGCGGAGCAACCUGGCCAUGAUCGGCAUCCUUUGCGUCAGCAUAGUCAGCAGCUUCGCCAUGACCGUCCUCAUCCAAGUGUUUGGCAACAAGCCGAGCCAGAAGAUUGUCAGCAGCGACGGCUCCACCGAUGACUUCCAGGACGGCGCAGCCCGCCGCGAACAGGUGCAGCGAGGCUUUGGGAGGAUUCGGCUCGGCCGACAGGGUUAA